AUGCAGGCCGCACACACAUUGGUGCAGAAACAGGAGAAGGGGGAAACAGAAGGAACAAGGUGCCGCCAGGUGGCAGAGAAAGGAUUCCCUGUUCUAGAGCUCAUCAGCCCCAACAGAGGAGCAGACGCCACGCUUUCCCACCAAAUUCUCACGGGAAGGAAGGAGCGGGUUGCAACCCUGGAGGCUCCAUUACUGGAAGUCGCCGGAGACGUCCCCGACAAAAGGGUUCCAAAACGGCGUCCACGGUGGACGCCGUUUGGACGGCCAGGUAAGGAUCCUGAGUGUUGUGCUCAGGUAACGCCCAAGACCCUGCUCCUGAUCCACUUCCCUGAGAUCCGCUCCAAGGCUCACAAUUAUGGCGUGGAAGUAAAAAAAGAAGCUGGAGGAUCCCCCCCCCGGGUGCUGGCCGUCUCUCUGGCCCCCCACCACUCUACUGCUCCCGCUCUUACGGCCCAACCGAAACUCCCAGGGAACCCAUCCAAGAAACCUGUUUUACAGGAAGGGUCGGACCUGUACCCCUCCCUGAUAGACCUAGAUUUUGAAGAAACCCCUCCUCCAUACGCGCCUGUGGCACCACUCCGACCUGAAGCGGCCGCCCCUCCCGAGCCCCCUCACUCAUCCGCCUCCCCGUCAGCUGCCCCAGCCCUGGCCCAGGGACCGGUGUGGGGAUUAAGGCCUCGUAGGCACCGGGAGGAGACCCCAGAAGAGGAACCAUCCUCCUCCACCUCAGCCGGGGCGCCCAUUCUCCCCAUAUGGGCCCUGGGAGGUACUGGCCCAGAUGGGGAACGAUCUUACCAGUAUUGGCCCUUUUCAAGCAGUGAUCUGUAUAACUGGAAGUCUCAAAACCCCCCUUUCUCUGAAGACCCGAGGGGCCUGACUGACCUGUUUGAGUCUGUCAUGCAUACACAUAGCCCCACAUGGGACGAUUGCCAGCAGCUCCUUAAGACCUUGUUCACUACCGAAGAGCGCGAGCAGAUCCUCACCGAGGCCAGAAAGAAUGUCCCCAGCGACAACGGACGGCCAACAACCUUGCCGAACCUGACUGAUGAGCACUUCCCCUUGAAUAGACCGGAUUGGGAUUUUGGGAACGUGGAAGGUAAGGAGCGUCUCCCAGUUUACCGCACUCUUAUGGCAGGUCUCCGAGCAGCGGCACGCCGCCCCACCAGUUUGGCUAAGGUGAAAGCUGUGAUGCAAGGGGAAAUUGAAAGCCCGGCCCUGUUCUUAGAACGCCUCUAUGAUGCUUAUAGGCAGUACACCCCUUGGGACCCCCUGGCAGAGGAGAAUCAGUCAGCUGUAAUUAUGUCUUUUAUAAACCAGGCUGCCCCAGAUAUUAGAAAGAAAUUAUAUAAGCAGGAAGGAUUGGGAGAAAUGACCAUUCAGGAUCUGAUGAAAGUGGUAGAGAGAGUUUUUAACACUCGGGAGACUCCGGAGGAAAGGGAGGAUCGGAUCAGAAAGGAAAAUCGGGAGUUACAGGAAAGAAUUAGGAAAGAGGACAGAGAGCAUCUGAGUAGGGAGAGCAAAAGGCAGCAAAAGGAGAUGGCCAAGAUCCUGCUGGCAGGGGUGCAGGGCACAGCCCGGGCGGGACCGGGUCCAGCCGGACUGACCCGACCUCAAAAACUGCGGCCCAGGCUAGGGGGGCAAUGCGCGAACUGUAAAGAAUAUGGACAUUGGAAGAAGGAAUGCCCCAAGCGCCAGGGCCAGACUGGACAGGACGCUCGGGUUUUGCUGGCAGGAAUGGACAGUGACUAGGGGAGACGGGACUCGGAUCCCCUCCCCGAGUCUUGGGUAACUGUGUAUGUGGAGGGGAAACCAGUGGGAUUCAUGGUGGACACAGGAGCCCGGUACUCAGUUUUAAACAAGCCUAUGGAGUCCCUAUCUCAGAAAACCAGCCUGGUGCAGGGGGAAACUGGGUCCAAGGCUUAUCGAUGGACCAGUAGGCGCCAGGUGGACUUGGGCCGCCACCAAGUGGCCCACUCCUUCCUGGUUAUCCCUGAAUGCCCGGCCCCCUUGUUGGGGCAUGAUCUCCUAACCAAAGUCCAGGCCUGUAUCCGCUUUGAGCCAGACGGCAUCAAAGUAAUGGACGGCUAGGGACAGCCCCAUGUUUUGACCCUGUCCCUUACAGAUGAGCAUCGCCUGUUUGCCCUGCAGGACACCUCCUCCCCCAUAGAGUGGCCCCAUGAGAUGGAUUACUGGCUUAGAACGUACCCUCAGGCAUGGGCAGAUAGCGGUAUGGGUCUGGCAGCCCACCAAACACCAGUAGUGGUCGAAGUGAAAGCCUCGGCCCAGCCUAUCUGGGUCCACCAGUACCCCAUGCCCACUGAGGCGCGAAAAGGGAUUGCCCCACACAUUAACCGCCUCUUAGAAGCUGGAAUACUGAAACCCUGCCACUCCGCCUGGAACACCCCACUUCUCCCCGUUAAGAAACCAGGGGGAAAGGAUUACAGGUCAGUCCAGGACUUGAGGGAAGUAAAUAAGAGGAUCGAGGACAUCCACCCCACGGUCCCCAACCUUUAUACCCUGCUAAGUCGCUUACCCCCUUCACAUAUUUGGUAUACUACCCGCCUAAAGGAUGCAUUUUUUAGCAUAGCCCUGGCACCCAGCAGUCAACACAUUUUUGCCUUCUAAUGGCAUGAUGACAGUACGGGAACCUCCAGACAGUUAACCUGGACUAGACUACCACAAGGCUUCAAAAACUCUCCUACUCUGUUUAAUGAAGCCUUAAAUCAGGAUCUGGACUUGUUCCACCGGAGUCAUGACUCAGUUACACUCCUGCAAUACGUAGAUGACUUGCUUCUGGCAGCCCCCACCGAGGCUGAGUGCUAACGGGCCACUGGAGACCUCCUCCAGGAACUGGGACAAUAGGGCUAUCGGGCCAGUGCAAAGAAAGCCCAAAUAUGCAGGCAGACAGUCACCUACCUGGGGUGUAAAUUGAAGGAAGGGACCAGAUGGUUAACAGAGGCCAUGAAAGAGACUAUUCUCAGGCUCCCAGUCCCAACCUCGACCGGAGGAGUCCGUGAGUUUCUAGGAACAGCGGGCUACUGCCGGCUAUGGAUUCUAGGGUAUGCUGAGAUAGCGAAGCCCCUGUAUGAGGCAACCAAAGAUAAGGCCCUCUGGGCCUGGGGGCCGAAACAGCAAAAGGCCUUUGACGAACUUAAGACUGCCCUCUUAAAGGCACCAGCCCUGGCAUUGCCAGACCCUCUGAAGCCCUUCACCUUUUUCGUGGAUGAAAGGAGGGGAAUAGCGAAAGGGGUACUGAUGCAGCGCCUGGGGCCAUGGAAGCGUCCGGUUGCCUACUUAUCUAAGAGAUUAGACCCAGUAGCUUCAGGAUGGCCCCCAUGCCUAAGGAUCAUCGCGGCAGUAGCCCUGAUGGUAAAGGAUGCAGACAAACUCACUUUCGGGCAGCAUCUGAAAGUAGUAACGCCCCAUGUGAUCCAGGGGGUCCAGAAAAAUCCCCCUGGUAGGUGGAUGACCAAUGCCCGCCUGACCCAUUACCAAGGACUCCUGUCAGAUGCACCUCGGAUCAACCUUGCUGAACCAACUGCACUGAAUCCAGCCACCCUGCUGCCAACCCCGGAUCUAGAAGCCCCCCUGCAUGACUGCCAGGAGAUCAUGACAGAAAUCACCCAGGUGCGCCCCGACCUCCAGGACACCGCCCUCUCCAACAGUGAGUUGGUAUAGUACACUGAUGGAAGCAGCUUCAUCAUGGAUGGGGUGCGAAGGGCGGGUGCGGCGGUGGUGGACCAAGACGGGCAUGUCGUUUGGAGUGCCUCGCUUCCCCCGGGGACCUCAGCCCAAAAGGCUGAACUGAUUGCGCUGGCGGAGGCGUUAGAACGGCGGGCUGAAGGGAAACGGAUGACUGUUUACACCGAUGGCCGCUAUGCUUUCGGCACUGUCCAUGUGCAUGGCGCCAUCUACCGGGAGAGGGGCUUUGUUACAGCGGAGGGAAAGGAACUGCGUAAUCUCCCAGAGGUGCAGAGGCUACUGGCGGCUGUGCAAAAACCCCGGGCAGUUGCACUUGUCCACGUCCCUGGACACCAGUCUGCCCGGACCUCGGAGGCUAAAGGAAACCGGCGAGCGGAUGAGGCCGCCAAAAAGGCAGCAAUAGCUUCACCAACUUUGGCACUCGCCCUGCCCGCACCUGAGCUCCCACGCCUGCCCCCGCGACCUGACUACACCCCAGAGAAUCUGCAGUGGAUCCAAAACCACCACUGCGCAGAGCCUGAUCGGCAUGGGUGGCAUCGGGAUCCAGAGGGAAGACUGAUACUACCGGCCAAACUAGGACUGUUCCUGCUUUCCAACCUGCACCAAGCCGCCCAUUUAGGAAAGAGAAAACUGCUGACAAUUCUUGAGUCUGCCCGCCUCCGGUUCCCCCGACAAACCACCCAGAUCCAGGAGAUCGUGGAUCAGUGUAUUGGGUGCCAGGCUAUGAAAUACAGGUACAUACCUACAUACAGGUACGAGGCAAAGUUCUACAAGGACUGGCCCAAGCGGUGGGGACCGAUUGGAAGUUACAUUGUGAAUAUAGUCCCCAGAGCUCCGGGCAGCUACAACUCUCCAGACCUCAGGGACACACCGAAUCUGCCAUCCGGUCUGAUGAUGAAGUGGCUGCUGGUCCUGACCCUGCUCAACGACUGGAAAAGGAACCACGCAGAAACCAACCCUCAUCAGCCUUAUAAGCAGACAUGGAUUCUGACCGAUGGAGAGACUGCCCUUCAGGCCUUUGCAAAAAGGCAGCUCCAGCUACCGGCUGACAGCCUGAACAAUUCUAAUUUGAUUGAUCGGUUUGGCAACGAGGGCUGUAUUCACCAUGAGGUGCUACCGAAAGCAUUUUUCAUAAUUUCGAUCAGCUCGGUCUGCAGCAAUCAACGGACCCGCACCGAGCUCCCUGUCGUGGCCCCCCUUCCACCCCAGCUAAAAGGCUACACACUUCUCUUUCUGGAGUCUCAGAGCAGACUAGUUGUGAUGCUGACACACUCCCAAGCUGACUUAUUCAGGGACUGGCUUAUUCCAGACUAA